AUGGGCAAGUGCAGCGGGCGCUGCACGCUAGUCGCUUUCUGUUGCCUGCAGCUGGUGGCUGCACUGGAGCGGCAGAUCUUUGACUUCCUGGGCUACCAGUGGGCCCCCAUCCUAGCCAACUUCCUACACAUCAUGGCAGUCAUCCUGGGCAUCUUUGGCACAGUGCAGUACCGCUCCCGGUAUCUCAUUCUGUAUGCAGCCUGGCUGGUGCUCUGGGUUGGCUGGAAUGCAUUUAUCAUCUGCUUCUACCUGGAGGUUGGACAGCUGUCCCAGGACCGGGACUUCAUCAUGACCUUCAACACAUCCCUGCACCGCUCCUGGUGGAUGGAGAAUGGUCCAGGCUGCCUGGUGACACCUGUCCUGAACUCCCGCCUGGCCCUGGAGGACCACCAUGUCAUCUCUGUCACCGGCUGCCUGCUUGACUAUCCCUACAUUGAGGCACUCAGCAGCGCCCUGCAGAUCUUCCUGGCACUGUUCGGCUUCGUGUUCGCCUGCUACGUGAGCAAAGUGUUCCUGGAGGAGGAGGACAGCUUUGACUUCAUCGGUGGCUUUGACUCCUACGGUUACCAGGCUCCCCAGAAGACGUCGCAUUUACAACUGCAGCCUCUGUACACGUGGCUUCUGCCCUGCGCCCUCCCUGGUUGCCGCGCCUUUGGCGGCUGGACUGAUGGCUGCUACCGCCAGCUCGGGCCAAGACGGGCAGGCGCGUCCCCUGGCGGCUCGCGAAGCGACUGCAUCCUGGGCCGGCUCAAGCCGCCAGAAAAGCAGACUUGA